UUUUGUCUUGCAGAAAAAGCCACAGAUGGGUCACUACGGUCUGAAGACUGGGCCUUAAAUAUGGAGAUAUGUGAUAUUAUUAAUGAAACUGAAGAAGGACCUAAAGAUGCCAUCAGGGCACUUAGGAAGAGAGUUGUGGGAAACAAGAACUUUCAUGAAGUGAUGCUGGCCUUAACGGCACUUGAGGCAUGUGUAAAGAACUGUGGCCACCGGUUUCACAUUUUGGUCGCCAGCCAGGAAUUUGUUGAGGGUGUGCUUGUGAAAACUAUCCUUCCCAAAAACAACCCCCCAACCAUAGUUCAUGAUAAAGUGCUCAACCUCAUCCAGGCCUGGGCAGAUGCCUUUCGCAGUUCUCCAGACUUAACGGGGGUUGUCAGUGUGUAUGAGGACCUCAGAAGAAAGGGACUGGAGUUUCCAAUGACUGAUUUAGAUACUCUCUCUCCUAUUCACACACCUCAGCCGAGUAUCGCUAAGCCUGAGCCUGCUGCUCGACCAGACUGUCCACCCUUGGAUACAGUACAAAGAAGUGGUUCAGUAAAUCGCUCUGUGCCCUCCCCUUUGCUCACUUCAGCAGGAGGACCCACAGAUAGUGCCGUCACUCCCACAUCAGAUCAGAUAGGAAAGCUUCGCAGUGAGCUGGAGGUUGUAAAUGGGAAUGUGAAAGUAAUGUCUGAGAUGUUGACUGAAUUGGUUCCACAGAAAGCAAAUCAGUCAGAUUUGGAAUUGCUGCAG